GCUUACAGCUUACCGAAACCGAUUUUCAUUUCGGCGAGAAUCAUCGAGCUAUUGGCAAACUAUUUGGCAAUGGAGGAAAUUUCGCAAAUUUUCUAUGCUCUCCCCAGCAGGGAAUUCAUUGGUAGUCACCAGAGUACGGUGGCCACGUUACACACUCGUAAAUCAUUUACAGUGACUGGAAAAAGAUUUUCGCCGUUCUUCUCUCGGACAGAUUCCAUCUCCGCUGGGAGAACAGACAAAUCAUCUUGUCCACAGUUCAAACAGAGAACUUUCAAGAAUCUUCGCCGCUUUGUGCUCGCUCUGUGUGUCAAACAUUGUAGUGAUACAUUUAUAAACACAACAGAAUUUAUUUUACAGCUUUGGAGCCACUUUAUCGGGAUAAUUAUUGGAAUUACGAGCAGGUCUCAUCGGAUGAAUAACUUUCGCAGCGUGGAGUUAAAGAUUUGUAUAAAACAAUAUCGAAGAACCUCGGUAAAAUUCAAUGGAAGGAAUCUGGAAGUGAAGUACAAAUUAAAAUUAUACAAAUUAUGCACGAUCGUAGGAAGAAACGAAAGUUUCAUAUCUGAAAAGCACUACGGACAAAUUCCAAUCCGUUCAGGUAACUACUAUGACAGCAGUAUAUUCCUUUGA